CAGUUUCCUUUGAAAAAGAAAAAAAUAGUUGUACGACUUUGCAAAAUACUUAAAGUCAUAAAAAGCUACAAAUAUUUGCUUAAAUUACAACAAAUUGCUGCUAAGAAACCUAAAUCUGAAAUUUCCUUAUACGGAAUAUAUUAAGUGUUUAAAAAAAAAAAACAGAACACAAAUCGCUGUUUGAAUAUUCCAAAUAUUUAAUUACACUUGAUUACUUGCAAAUACACCAGCUAACAUCCAAUCAUCAAUAUGAAAUUCAUUAUUGUUGUCCUUGCCAUCUUUGCUUCCUUAGCUUUGGUUGCCGGCCAAAAUUUCCUGUUUGGUCGCAUUCCCAACAGACAGUUCGAUUACAAUUCCAUUGAUGUGCCACAAUCAUUUGCCGCCAGAGAUCCCAGACAAAACAGAGGACCCGUUGUCUUCCCCCCCUCUCCCCCAGACGCAAUUGAUGAGUCCAGCGGUGUGAUUGUCGGUGCUUCCGGUUAUGGUUUUGUGCCACCACAACCACAAAGUCCAGCAUAUUUUACAACAACAGCGUUGAGAUCACCGGGUUCCUCAUCAUUUGCUGCCUUUAAUUAUUACAAUUUUCCGUAUUUGCAACGAUUAAAUUUUGUCUAAACUGAACUGAAAUGUUUGAAAAGCUUUAGCAACCGAGAGAUCUCCUAACAAAGAAAGAACAGCAAAGCCUCAGCAACAGCAGUGCAAACACCCUCGCAACAUCAUCAUUGGCGGUGCACCACCACACUAUCGUUGGCAAAUGACAAUCAGCAUCUCAGCUUUGAUUGGUAGCCCAGUCAACCCAGUAAGUAUUACAAGUAGCAGCAGCACUUUUUAACGAUAAUGGUAUCCAAGCCUUUGCUGAAUGGGCCGUUGGUAACACAGUUACUUAAUGCAGAUGUAUUUAGGGUGUAUAUGAUUGGGUCAAAACAAAUAAUGAAUUAGGAAAACUAUAGUCAAAACCACAAAUGCAAAAUUAUGCAAAAACGAAAAAGAUAUCGCAAAGAAAUAAAAAGUUAGAUAUAACAAAUAAAAAAUUGCAAAAUCCAUAGAAGUUUAUUAGAUAUGUGAAAUGAAUAUUUCAAUGUGUUCCAAACCUAUGAUGGAAGUUAGGCUAGGUUGAAAGACGUUACGGACAUACCCGUAAACAAACUCGGCUUGUUGUGAGCUCUGAAAACUAAAAAUUUACCUCGAAAAAGAAAAUUUUAAGUUUAAGAAUUCCGUGCUACUUACAAAAUCCCUAAUCGUUGUCCAUACCACUCCUCUA